AUGGCGCGGCUUAAGUCGGCUACUCCCGAUGUGGCCAAGGCGGACGCGGGGUACAAGGAUAUGCCUAGGCUCUCGGGUCAAUCGCGGCUUGACUAUAAACACCCUCCAAGCGAAGAAGUUUGGUGUUGGGAGAUGUCUGCAAUCAAUCUAGGGUGCCUUUGCAGCCGUUGGUUACCUCCUAGAUUGAGUUCAUCCCUGUCGACUCCAAUCACUCUGCCGGAUCAUCGCGUCGCGCGUGCCUGGCUUCCCCCUUCACAAACCGAAGAGGCUCCGUCCGAUUUCAUACCGCGACUUCUACCCCAAUAUCAGGGCCCAAGACCGACAGAAUGGCGCACACUAAGGGCGAUGGCCAAGACAAAAAACAGCCUGCGGUUCCUCGACCCAGUUCCAGUCUCUCCAAAGAACGAGAUCUUGCUGCUCCAUCGCGUGCAGACCUCUAGCUCUUUUGCCUCUGCUCAUGUGUUUCCCGGCGGAAAUUUGUCCGACCAAGAUGGGCCUUGCCCGCCUCCAGAGGACCAUUCCCGACACGAAGACGGUCCUCAUUAUCGUCGUGCAGCCAUCCGAGAGCUUUUUGAAGAAAGCGGCAUUCUUCUCGCUAGGAAUGGGGGCUCUGGGAAGAUGCUCGCUGUCGACGAAGCGGGCAGAGACCAAGGCCGAAGACUCAUCCACCAGAACCAGGUGACAUUCGAAACCUGGCUUGGACAGCAGAACGAAAAUGCUGAGCCUGAUAUAGAUCGAUUGAUUCCUUUCACACGUUGGGUGACACCGACCAAUGUUCCCAAACGCUAUACAACCCAGAUGUAUCUCUACUUCAUGCCAUUGCCCGUUAAUAUUAAUACGAAUCUGCUGAAGGAACUACCAGCAGAAGGCGAGCGCGAGGAAAUCCAGGUUCCCACCAGCGACGGCGGCAUCGAGGUCACCGAAGCCCAAUUUCUUCCGGCAUCGGAAUGGCUUCGUCGUGCACAGAGCGGAGAGAUUAUUCUUUUCCCUCCGCAAUUCCUCCUGCUACAUCUAGUAUCGGAAAUUAUGGAUAAGGAGCCGCGGGCAGGCAUUUCUAUUGAGGAAAUGGAGAAGCGGCGAGCAGCACUUGUAGAAUUUGUGCACUCUGGCUCACCCGCUUGGACGCACAAGUGUAUAUCACCCAAGAUGAUGAAAAUGACUGAUGACGGUCGAGCCGUUCUAGCCCUAGAUGAGCCAGGGCCCGAGCUGAAGGGAUCUGCUAGACGGGGCGAGUCAGACUAUGUAGUUCUAGUUCGAUUCAAGAAGGGCAGUGCAAGGGAAGUAACAGUGGCUUGGAAAAGGGAUGUUUUCCGUGAAGGGCGGGAAGAUCGGAGUAACCUGUAA